CUGUGAGGACUGCAGCAUCUACUCUGUAGCUUUGGAAACUCACACUUGCUUCCCAGGAACUGUUCUUUUUUUUUUUUUUUUUGCCGCAUUUAAUCAACAAUUUUCUGCUUUGUGCAUAACACCCUGGGCACUGUAUAUUUUCCCCUUCUUUCUGCAUCUUGACAACUCUUUGUGCUUUUUGCUACUGCAACCUGUUGUAUUUUUGUUACACCUGAGCACCCAAGUGAGCACCCAACCUGUCCUAUGACCUUGGAUCCAGCGCUCUGCCUUCUGACCCCAGAUACCCAUCUUACCCUGCUGCCUCUGCUUUGCAUUAGCUCUUUAGUUCUAGACUCUGCCUACUGUAUACUUGCCAGCCUGGCAGCUUGAACACCUGUUAUUGGCAUUACGGCUGGCAAAAUCAGUGGCCAGGUCUUCCCCAGCCUCACCAUGAUGUCCUGUGCAGAGAUGAUCACUAUGUGUCUCCUUUCAGCCAAACACUCGCAGGAAGACCAGAGGGAACAGUUCUCUCCUCCAAAGCUCUGCAGCCAGGAUCUAUCAAUAUUCCAAGAUAUAUUCCGUAGAGCGGACAAGGAUGAUGAUGGGAAACUGUCCUUUGAUGAGUUCCAGAACUUCUUCUCCGAUGGAAUCCUGAAUAGAGAGGAGCUGAAGGAGAUGUUCAGCAGGAUAGACACUAAGCAGGGCAACAACAUGGAUACAGAACGAUUGUGUGAUUACUUCUCAGAAUACCUGGGAGAAUACAAAAAUGUUCUUGUAGCUCUGGAUAAUCUGAAUGUAACCAUUUUAAGUGCUAUGGACAAAACUAAGAUGAACUAUGAGGCUUCUUCUCAAAUCGAGCAGUUUGUGACCCGGUUCCUACUCAGGGAGACCAUGAACCAAUUGCACUCGCUUCAGAACUCAUUGGACUGUGCCUUAGAAACUAUUGAGGCUCAGACUGGUCAUGAAAGACAGGAUGCCAGGAAGAGCACGCCGCAGCAGCUGGGACGUAAGUGCAAUCGAAGGGCCCACAAGUCUGUCUGCCUGUCCCCGACGGAUCCUUAUUCAGGAAUCCUGACUACAGGCUUGCCAGUAGAAAACGAUACGCCAUGGUCUGCACAAAUCAACCGCCUGGAGCAGCUCAUCGACAAAUUAGAGUGCACGAGCCCACAGUUCGAGCCUUUGAAAGGAGAUCCAUCUAUUGAUCCUACAGAGCCUGUAGCAAAGAAAGAAGAUGCUGGAAGAAUAGGGGUUCCUUCUAACAGGAGCACUGGCCUGGCAUAUAAGUACAUCUUGGUGGCACAGAGGCAGCUGCCUGUAGCUGAGCAUUACCAGGACCAAUUCAACCUGUCCCUUGAAAGUUACAUAAAAAUGACCUCAGUCCAAAACAGCUGCUUACACAUUUCUACUCAUAGACGUCACUCUGAGUCAGCCUAUGUCCUCUAUGAAAUAUGGGAGGACCAAGAAUCAUGGAAAAAUCAUCUCCAGUCUGCCCAGAGCAAAACCUUUCAGAGAGUCAUCAUCGAUUGCCUGGAGAACCCAGAACAGCUCCGGACCAUGCAGUUUCCAGCAUCAUGGUGGAAUUUAAACCCAAACUGACCCCCUGCGAUACAGGGAGCUACAAAACUCGCCUACUCUUGACAAGACUGGAUCACGCUGUUCAGAUCUUGUGACUUUCCCCCUUACCAAACCUUUUGUCGGAAGUCACUUAUCAAACAUGAAGGAUGGUACUAGAGAUCUUAUCUGCCGUGCUUUCCCAUCGGUGGUUAACUUGGCCUUUACUAUCCGCUGCUAUGAGAGGCAAAGGGUUUCACAGUGGCAAUAUCAUACAUUCAUUAGGCGUUACAUACGCUCUUAAUGUAUGAUGUCACAGCUUCCUGAAAGUGAUGUCACUUUUUGUCACAGAAUGAUGUGAUUGUCCUUGCAACAUCUUGAAUCUGCUUUUUUUUUUUUGUGGAUCCUGACGCACAUGAACUUAACUGGGUUUAAAAAUCAUUGUACACAUUUUCAUUGUGCCAUCUGAAAAUUCCUAGAACUAAAUUGAAUGUUGUAAUUGUUUUUUAUUGGAUCGGUUUAGGGUACAGGGGCCAAGUUUCUGAGCCCAAUCCAGACUGGUAAAUGCCCAACAGAACUUCAUACUUCUAAUGGGUUGUGCUUUCUCAGAUGAGCACCCCCCAGUGCUCUAACGACUCACCUACACUUAUCUUGUUUAUUGAAUGGCUACCGGCCAUUAGUGGUGUCAAGUGAGACUGAUCAUUUUGGACAAUUUAAAGGGCCAGUGAUGUGUGUUUUUGUGUGAAAGUGCAGCUACAUAUAGCUGGCUUGGCCCCUCACCCGAACCUGUAGUGUAUGUGUAUUUAAACUACAAAUGGAUGGUUAUAUCUGUCUACCUCUUUAUUAUUUAUCUGCCUAUUUAUCGAUUUAUCUUUAUCUAUGUAAAUAUUAGCAUUGCUAAGCAUGCACUGUUGGGGUCGCUGAAGUGCAAGGAGACCUUGAGAACUUGAGAUUGGGGUGCUGGGACCAGCAACAGAAAUCACAGGGCCCAUUACUACUAAGUUAGCAGGUCCCUCUCCCAGGGGCUCCAGCUGUAAACCCAUUGGCCACCUGCAGACCCAGGCCCCCAGCAGAGUAGGCUCCCAGCCCCACUCCACCCACCCCCCACUUGGAGCUAAUUUCACCCACUGCUUGGUUACUCUCUACCCCCUGCCCAAACCCCACCGCUCUGCUCAGCAACUUGACCCUCCUUCCCAGUCACUGCUCUCAUCUCCAUGAAACUCAUCACAGCUUCUGAUCAGACGCACAGGGUCAAAGUGUUAGAGGAGGCAGAAGAGGUUGGGUCCUUGGGUGCCCAUCUUUGUGCCCUAGGCACGUGCCUCUUUUGUCUACCCCUAGUUCCAGCCUGGGCAGAGGGCCUUGCCAACAAGUAGAAUGGGUCCCAA